AUGAAUUCUCCCAAGGAUGCCACUCCGCCAACUAGGCCGCCACACUCCAGACGACGCAAAGAAAUGGAUAUCGUCCCCAUACAGGUCGGGAGCUAUACCCGUCUAGAGGAGAUUGGCCGUGGCAGCUUCGCCACGGUUUAUCAGGGUGUUCAUAAUCGGAAUCAAACCCUCGUUGCGAUAAAGUCUGUGAACAUGGCAAGGCUAAACAAGAAACUGAAGGAUAAUUUGAAAUUAGAGAUCAACAUCCUCAAGGCUGUCCAUCAUCCUCAUAUCGUGAUGCUUCUAGAUUGCCAAGAGACCGCCAACGAGAUCCAUCUUGUCAUGGAAUAUUGUGUCCUUGGUGACCUCUCGAUCUUCAUCAAGAAGCGCGAUUCCUUACUUGCGAGUGCCCUCCAUUUCCUCAGGUCUAGAGAUUUGGUCCAUCGCGACGUUAAACCUCAAAAUCUUUUGCUUAAUCCCUCUCCCCGGUCCAUCGCCAGGGGAGAAUACCGGAUUCCUCCUUACAAGGGAAAUGAAGAUCUAUUCACACCACUUGCAGGCCUGGAUUCCAUGCCCUUGCUCAAACUGGCGGAUUUCGGAUUUGCUCGCUCACUCCCUUCAACUUCUCUUGCCGAUACUCUCUGCGGUUCACCUCUCUAUAUGGCUCCUGAAAUCCUACGUGCCAUGGAACGGCAACAAAGUUCGGAAUUCCAUCGUUCCCCGGGAUCAUCGUUAUUUAAGGAAAACGUCGCGGAUCGUGGAACCCUUCCACAACCAGCAACUGACGACAGGGAUGUCGAACGGGAACGGGAACGCGCUGCUCAGGAAGUGGCUUUCGAACGCGACUAUAUAAUCGUAGAAAAGAGGGCCGUGGAAGUGAAUGCGUUUGCUGAUGAGCUGGCCGCAAGUCCACGUAUACGGCAACAGGGCCAAGGGUUGGCGCGUCCGGCCGCGGGAGUCAUGCCGCGGCGUGCUACCACCGCUGCUCACUCACCGAAUCCCUCGCAAAACGCCUCCUCCCGUGCCUUGCAAUUGGUUACUGGGAGGCCGCGAGCAGACUCCAAUCACAAUCGGCAGAGUUCGUACGAACGGAGAUACGGCCCGAGCCCUAACUCUGCAACCUCCGCGAUCUCCAAAGCAUUGAAUAUGGCCAGCGGGCGGUUGUUUGGUGUUGGAUUUUCUCCCCCGUUAACCGUAACGAAAGGCGGAAGAUCCCCACCACUAGCAUACAACCCUUUCCCCGUGUAUCCACUUAGCCCCCAAGGUAACCUAGUCGUUGUCGGAGACGGAGCUAAGACGCAAAUCGCUCUCGACGAGGAUACGAAAACAGUCCAGAUUAUCGAAGAAUGUGCGACACGGAGCGACGUUGUUUAUGGAUUUGCGGAAGUCAAAUACAAACAGUUGAUACCCCUGGCUCCGUCUAUGCAGCCUGCAACAGCUAUUCACCCCGGUACCGUUUCUCCAGAUAUGGAAGUUGAUCCUUCCCAGUCAACCGACGGUGGACUCACUACCGACGCCAUUGUGACCCUUUCCCAGGAGGCCCUGGUUCUCUACGUUAAAGCCCUCUCCCUGCUUGCAAAAUCGAUGGAUAUUGCUGGUGCAUGGUGGGCGCGAAAGAACACUGGGGAAGUUGUUGGCAUUAGCGGUGGUUCAUCUUCGAGUUCGGGGAACAACAAUAACGGCAAUGGUAAUACAAACCCCACCGUUGGUGCCAGGGUGAAUAACGUCGUGCAGUGGGUCCGAAACCGCUUCAAUGAGGUUCUGGAGAAGGCAGAGUUUGUGAGGCUAAAGCUUUUGGAGGCCCAGAAGCGGCUUCCUACUGAUCAUCCCUCACACCCAAGUAACAACGGUAACCAUUCGUAUGGAUCCGAUGCAGGACUGGGACUGGGGACAUCUGUUGAUCAGAUCGUCGUGAGCUCCGGGAUCACUGCGGAGAAGCUUAUAUAUGACCGCGCGCUCGAGAUGAGUCGAACUGCUGCCAUUAAUGAGCUGACGGGCGAGGAUUUGCCUGGGUGUGAAAUUGCGUAUGUCACUGCUAUCAGGAUGCUGGAGGCUAUUUUGGAAAAUGAUGAGGAAGUGCUGUCGAAGGGACCUGGUCAGGGUGAGAAAGCCGGUAUGGCAAGUGGGGGCAUUGAUAAUGAAGUUAUCAAUGGGGUGCAAUUGGAAGAUCGGCAGAUUGUGGCUAAACUCGUCGCCAGCAUCCGCACUCGUCUCACAGACUUACGAAAGAAAAUGGCCCUGAUGACCAAAAGAUCCUCCGCCCCGCCAGUUGUUCAAAGCAAAGUCACCGGCAUAUCGUCGCAUCUUCGCAGACCUACUUCGCCCGUUGUCACCGCCUCCGCUUCACCACGGCAUGAAAGCAAUGUGGCAGCAACUCAAGUACCGCGUACUUGUGUAUAUACCAUUGAUCGUGGUUUGUCGCCCCAAGUGAGCGUUUUGGUUGGAAAAGAAACCCUUUCCACCCUCUCUCUCCGUGAGAUUCAUCUUACUAUUGGCUAG